AUGGCCGCCCACGCAGGGCGCCCGUGUUUCUUGGAUGGCAUUCCCGGUGAGCUGCUGGAGCAGAUCUUUGAGUACGCGUUCCAAGAUGGGGGGCGUACGGCUUGCGCUAUGCGCCUAGUGUCCAAGCUCACUUGCGCGCUGGUCGAGCCGUUCCGGUUCUUGUCCGUCGUUCUGUCGAGGGGCGUGCAAAUGAAGCCGUUCCUAGCGCAAAGGGCCGGCGUUACUGGCGGAAGGGGGAUACGGCAUUUGUUCUUGGUGGCGGCGAGCAGCAAGGGCGGGGACGGGAUGUACGAUUUGGAGCAAGAAAUGAUGGGAAUUGCAGCACCCACUGUAGAAACGUUCACCUGCAUCGUACAAAGCAGCUUGGUGCCAUCACGGUAUUACCGCAUCUUCGCGGCAAACUUCCCUCGCCUUACGCACCUUACCUACCGCGUCCUCUCGAGGCAAAGUCACCCGAUAAUACCACGACUCCCAGAGCCAGGUUCGUCGUGUGCGCCACUGUUCCCAAGUUUACGACACCUCCACAUCGCGUUCCCGCACCGACCCGGUCUUCGCUCAGCGCACUUGGGGAUUGUGCCGUUUAUUCGUCGCGCGAGUUCGUCCAAGCUGACGCACGUGCGGGUAUCCGGCGUGGCGAUGCUUUGCCCGUGGCAGACGAACAUGUCGGGGUUGAGUGGGCGCGAGGCAGACGGGGAGAUACGUGACUUGCUGGGGCUGCCGCCCAGCGUAGAGCGAUACGCGAUAGGCGUGGACAUGCACGAGUUCGCUCAGAUCCACGGUCGGGUAGCGCGGGCGAUGGUAGCAGAGGCGCAGGACAUCGCAAGACAUCAGCUCGUUUUUGUACCGAUGCUAGAUGGGGAGGAGACGUGCGAGGACUUGAGAGAGAAGUGGCAGAGAGUUCAGACUGGGGAGGCAGGGCGGGAUGCGGACUGGACUGAGGGGGGCAUUGCGGGCGUCGAUGGAUGGUUUUCCGCCGUGGAUAAAGCGCGCCAGUCACUUCGAGGGGGAUGUCCUGUCGUAUCGACUGGCCAAGGAAAGUCGUAA